AUGCAUAUGUAUGCAUAUGCGCAUGCUUGCAAUAUGUGUGUUUUUGAAUCCCUUUUGAGUGCUUUUUUUUUUCAUGGAAGGGAACCGAUGGUUGUGCUGCGAAUUAUCGGGGACGAAUGGUCGUGGGAAGACCGUAUCGCCCUUGCGGUGCCUCCUCAAAAGAUGUUUACCAUGUGCAUUCCGCUUUUGAUAUCCAAACUUGGCGUGGAAAAAUGGAAUGGGCUCGUGCUCUACAAGACGGAAGGAAAACCACGUAAGUACUGUCGCGCCACGACGCCAAUAGACAUGGCAAGCAACCCGCAGAAGGAGCGCUUACGGGACGGAGCGGUGCUGUGGGUGCGAGUAGGCCCUUCACUCACACAGCAGGAGCGGGAUCGUGUUUUUCAAAAGUCGCUGGAGGAGUGGCGCGAAAAGAACGGGUUGAAGGGGGUUUCGGUUGAUGGUAGCGAUGUGAGGCGUUUCGUGGAGGAGUUGAAUUCGCGUCUGAAUAGAACGGACGCUGCUCUUUUGAUUAGUCAGGAGCAGGAAGCACGAACUGCAAUUGAGGGGGAGGAGCAUCGCCUUUUCUUCUACAUGACAAUGAUACAUCGUGAAAAGGACACGUUGCUGCGAGAAGAGACAGAACAACGGCAAAGCCUGGAAGACGCGUACAUUCGCGUGGCGGAACGGCAUUACCACGAAAAUCGGCUGCUGCUACUUCGCACGCGCGUGGUAGAAUUGGGCGUGUGUGAGGAAGGAAGCCGCCUUGUCGUUCAGGAGGAGCAAUGGAGGGAGUUUGAAAUGCUUCAGGGGGCGUUUCAAAAGGGGCAUCGGGCACUUCAAGAUGCCAGGGCACUGCAACUCGCUGAUUCGAAGCCAAUGUUUGAGGGACAAAAUGAGGGGAGGGGGAAAACGUCGAAAAAUGAAGAAACCGUGGGGACGACUGCUGACGCAGCGAUGUUGGUUUCCGUAGUGCGCGCGGAGCUGCAAAGGCUGUUGGAGCCUUUGGAAAAGGUCUACCAUGAAAAAGUGGAAAUUCUUGAGAAGCAGUGGGAGGCUACCGUCAGAGACAAUGAGAAUUUUCUUGCAUCUUUGCGACAGUACAUUAGUAGUCUUUUUCGCGUUAUUCGUAGCGAGUUGAGGCAAUCGGAUUUUUCUUUGCUUUUAGUUCCGUCGGAUUCCAUGGGCAUAAAGGGGAUUAACGAGGCUCUGAGGCAACAACAAGGCCUACUGAAGGAGUUAUUACAAGAGUACCGUGAUUUAGACCGGCAGGUAUCGGGUGCUCUUGGAGAGACUGCCUUGAAGACGACGUUGGACACCGUAAAUGUGACUCAGCUAAACCUGUACCAAUAUCUAGAAUCAUUACGGGAACUGCUGAGUGCGACGCAAUUGUUAUGGUGUGGCGUGGAAGAGGCAAAAACCCAGGAAAGUGCAUAUCUCACGCAGGAUGCGUUGGAAAAGCAGCAACAGGAGGAGCCCGAGAGAAGGGCAAUUUCCUUGGAGGGCGUGGCGGUGACGGCGUUGCAAACCGAGAGGAUGGAUGACCACAGAAAUGGGGAGAAAGACCUGACUUUCAGAGUUCACACGGAUGUGUACAACAUAUUGUUGAUGUUUGUAUCGCGGUACGUUGAGUUCUCUAGCUGGGGGUCAUUUGAAGGGGCUGAGGGCAGCCGAGGCUUUUUGGAUGAUUUGCUGCUUAAUUGUGGCUCUUUGCAGGUUGCCGUCGAUGAACUUUCUCGGACAUGCAAGGUGUUGCCCCAUCCCAUGCGGGAAGAUAUCCUCCAUGUGGUGGAGGCUCACGCUCCGCACUUAUUUGGAGUGAUAGAUCUCAUGCUUCAUCUCUAUGCUGGGAGGGAGGCAGAACUUGUGCUAUGGAUAAGACCCGAAUUGAAUGAUGAGGGUGGGUUCGUAGAGCACAAGACGGAUGAUGGCUUCACGUACUAUUAUCAUACAGCUGCUGGGAUGAGCCAGUGGGUGCGGCCGGUCACCGCAUCACUCACGGAGUGA